CUCACCAUGGCAUCACUACCACAAAAAGGAAAAGACGACAUCGCCUCCACCAUUUCAAAACUCAGCAUAAGCUCCGCAAAACAAGCAGCGCCGUCUAAAAAGUCCAAAGAGCCCGUCGCCGACUCAUGGGAAGAUGAAGAUGUAUCCGACGACGAAGCAGCGGAAGCAGAACAAGUCGAAGAACAAGGCCAAAGCAAAGACGCCGACGCAGACGCAGCAGGAACCUCAACACCAUCAUCACUAGCCACUCCCGCCGUCCCUCCACCGACGCCCGCCUCGCCGCUGGGCUACGAAUCCCCCCACGAAUGGGCCUCUUUAGCCAGCCAGAGCCAGAGCCAGAGCCAGAGCCCAAUGGCGACGACGGCGUCGGCAUCCGCUACAGGCAGCGGCAGCGGCACCCCGGCAAGGAGGCCCGAGAAGACGGACGCCGUGGCCAGGCGGCUGAUUGCGGCGGGCCUGGGCAUCAAGGCGCCCCGACAGACAGAAGAGCAGAGGGCCUAUCAGCGGUCUGUGAGGGAGCAGGAGAAGAAGAGGAGGGAGGAGGCCAAGGCGGAGGAGGAGAGGAGGAGGGCGGAGGAGGACAAGGCGAAGAUGGCUGUGUGGGAGGAUUAAAAGAAUUGGAAACCCUUUUUCUGGUUUGGGACAUGAGGAGUUUCUUGUUUCAUUACAUCAUCUCAAUUUUACUGCAUUAUCAAGGUUGAACAAGGAGAAAUAUGUGG